AUCAUGAUGUGCUCUUAUACUCCUGUUGAACAUCCACAGUACGUGCAAGAACAGAAAUUGAGUAGGGUUUCCGUGCUGUAAUUUUCUGACAAUGGAUUAUAUAUCGCAAUGGUACCCGUAAGUAUUGUUUACCAACUAAUCGUUACGACAGUCUACUCCGCUUCCUAUUCCUUUUGUCAGCCAUCACUAACAGUUUUAUUUAUAGCGACUUUAUGGUUGAGCCUGGUUUCGUUGCAAAGCCGAAGUAUGAGGAAGCAGUAUCUAUGUCUAUUUUGUCGGAUUCAAUCGAGCUUGCAUUGGUGCAAGAGAAUGGUGACGAUGAGGGCACUUCUUACCUCAUCUCCGGACGUGUCGGCGAGGUGAAGACAUCCUGGUCUGCUGAAUGUAGAGUUCAUUUGAUCCACCUAACUAUCGAGGAUGAUUAUUUGGAUCUUGAGGUUGUUUUCCCAUCGACAAACUUGCGCAAAAUCGUUUCAGAUGUAGUAAGUGAUAAAGAUAUGGCCAAUGCCGAUUUCGUUACCCUUAUCAACUUGCUUGGUGGAAACUCUUAUGAGUUUAUGAUCGCAUUGGGUCCUUGGAACAAUGUGUCGAGUUAUUUUGAGCUGUUAUUGGUAAAAUUAUUUUUUCCUCCCGGAAACUGAAUGCCAUUUCAGCAAUGUAAAUAGAAUCUACUAAAGUUUCUUAGUGUUCGCCUUAAUAUUAUUUCUCUUGUUAUGAAAGUGUACUAAGUGUGUGAACACAAUGCUUUUUUGUACGGGUUCUGCCCUUCUUAAUGAAUUGUUG